AUGGUCGGCCACCCCGACCUCCCCAUCUGCACAGCGUGCGGCACUCAAUUCGACCUCCCAUCCUCUGGCUCCCUCAAAUCGUGCCGUAUCUGCGAUGAUCCCCGCCAAUUCGUCCCGGCCGCUGGCCAAUCCUGGACAACCCUCAGUGACCUCCAAUCUUCUCACAAGAACACCUGGACCCAAGACACUGUCGACUCACGGAUCUGGAGCAUAUCCACCGAGCCGAAGUUCGGGAUCGGCCAGCGCUGCAUCCUGCUCCAGACCUCUUCCGGAAACGUCCUCUGGGACUGCAUCGCGCUGCUCGAUGAUGAGACUGUGGAGCGGAUCAAGGGGAUGGGAGGGCUGAAAGUGAUCGUGAUCAGCCAUCCGCAUUAUUACACGACGCAUCUGGACUGGGCGGGGGCAUUUGGAUGUCCGGUGUAUCUGGCGAAGGAGGAUGUUGAGUGGUGUUGUCGGGAGGAUCGGGAGGGCAGGAGGAAGCUGAUCGAAGGGGAUCGGGAGACGGUCGAAGGGAUGGGUGGUGUGGUGGCUGCGAAACCUGGUGGCCACUUUCCUGGUAGUCUGGUGCUGGCGUGGGAGAAGAAGUUGUUCAUUGCUGACACUAUGGUCACUACGCCUUCCGCCUACUACCACGUCGACCGCCAACCAGGCACCAUCAGCUACGCCUUCAUGUGGUCCAUCCCGAACAUGAUCCCUUUGCCACCGUCUGAGCUGAUCAAGAUGUGGCAAGUUCUAAAGACGCUCAACUUCGAAAGCACAUAUGCUGCAUUCGUUGGUACCGAAAUACGUGACAAGAACGUCAAGGGGAGAGUGUUGGAGAGCAUGAAGAUUCAAGCACGCAACGAAGGGUACAAUGAGCAUGAGAUACUGAAUCAAAAGUGGCCAGAAUGA